CUCCGCGCCCGCCGCUCCGCUCCGUGCCCGCCGCUGCCGCCGCCAUGAGCGCGGAUCCCGUCGUCUUCGUGUCGGCCGCCAGGACCGCCGUGGGCUCCUUCAACGGCGGGCUGUCGUCGCUCCCCGCGCACGAGCUGGGCGCCGCCGCCAUCCGGGAGGUGCUGCGCCGGGCCGGGCUGGCCCCCGAGGAGGUGUCGGAGGUGAUCCUGGGGCAGGUCCUCACCGCAGGUGCUGGCCAGAACCCCGUGCGGCAGGCCAGCGUGGCUGCGGGAAUCCCGUACUCCGUGCCCGCCUGGAGCUGCCAGAUGAUCUGUGGGUCGGGCCUGAAGGCUGUGUGUCUGGCUGCUCAGUCCAUACUGAUGGGAGACUCCAGUGUCGUGGUCGCAGGGGGCAUGGAGAGCAUGAGCAAGGCUCCUCACGUCAUUCACAUGCGAGCUGGGGUCAAAAUGGGAGAGGCUUCCUUGCAGGACACCAUAAUCCUUGAUGGCCUUACAGAUGCUUUUUAUCAGUAUCACAUGGGCAUAACAGCUGAAAAUGUGGCCAAGAAGUGGCAAGUCAGUAGAGGGGAGCAAGACCAACUUGCUGUACAGUCACAAAACAGGGCAGAGGCAGCACAGAAAGCUGGCUAUUUUACAAAAGAAAUUGUUCCUGUUCUUGUACCUUCUAAAAAAGGUCCUAUAGAAGUUAAAAUAGAUGAACACCCUCGACAUGGGAGCAACCUGGAAACAAUGUCAAAGUUAAAGCCCUGUUUCUUGACAGAUGGAACUGGGACGGUAACAGCAGCUAAUGCUUCAGGUUUAAAUGAUGGAGCUGCAGCUGUUCUUCUAAUGAAGAAAUCAGAAGCUGCUAGGAGAGGUCUUAUGCCUUUGGCUCGGAUUGUAUCUUGGGCUCAGACAGGUAUAGAUCCAUCUAUUAUGGGAGUAGGGCCCAUUUCAGCAAUAAGGAAAGCUAUUGACAAAGCUGGCUGGACUCUGGAACAAGUUGACCUGUUCGAAAUUAAUGAAGCCUUUGCGUCACUAUCUGUUGCAAUUUCAAAAGAACUGAAAGUAAACCCAGAAAAGAUCAAUAUACAAGGUGGAGCUAUUGCUCUUGGCCACCCUCUGGGCGCCUCUGGUUGUCGCAUCCUUGUAACUCUCCUCUAUGCACUGGAGCGAACUGGUGGAAAACGUGGUGUUGCUGCUCUCUGUAUAGGAGGAGGAAUGGGAAUAGCCAUGUGCGUUGAGAGAUAAAUGUGAGGGAAUGAAUAAACAGCUAGUGUGAACUAGCUUUGAAACAUUUUACUAAUAAACUUCUCAAUAACAUUUUAACAACUCACAUUUUGUUUGUUUUGCCUAAAUGUAAGUAAGCUUACACCAUUACUUUUUGACACUCAAACACUGACUUGACAAAGAGGUCCAUGGUUACUGCAGGCACACUAGUUAUUAACACUCUAGAGCCUAAAUUCUCACUGCAAGAACCAAGCUUGCUUUCAAAAAUUAAGUUUGUUCACAAGAAAAUAGCAGCAACAUUCAACCACUUGUUUUAUUAACAUUUUAGUUAUAAGAGUGGGAAGUGUAAGUGAAACAAACAUAAAUAAAGCCUAAGUUAUUCUUCAA